AUGCGCGAUCAGCAUGAUCAUGAGAAGCCCAUCCCGGAAGAAAAGGGAGAGCACGUUGGUUCCUUCUCCAGAACUGAUGACUCGAUCGAAAUUCCCUUCGAUGAGAAAGCUGUCCCCAAACAAGAACCCGUCCAAGGUCGUGGAGGCUUCCACUUCCACAGAACCCUUGCCUCUUUCUCCCUCGAAGGCAAGACCGCUGUCGUCACUGGCGGUGCAAGAGGUCUUGGUCUGGUUAUGGCUCAGGCUUUGGUUGUUUCUGGAGCAGAUGUCGCCCUCGUCGAUCUUAACAAGGAGGAAGCCGAGAAGCAAGCAAAGGAGCUGGUCAAAGUUUUCAAGGACGAAAACCCUGGCGCCGACAGAGUACCUAAGGUCACUGGCCACUACUGCGAUGUGAGCGAUGAGAAUUCUGUUGAGGGUGUCCUUUCCGAUGUAGUCAGCCAGCACGGCAAGAUUGACAACCUCGUAACCUCGGCAGGCUUCACUGAGAACUUCGACGCCAUCAAGUACCCUAUCGACCGUGUUAGAAAGCUCUGGGGUGUCAACGUCGACGGCACCUACCUCUUCGCUACUGGCGUUGCCCGUCACUUGAUGGAGCGCAAGGCUCCUGGUAGCAUCGUCUUCAUUGGAAGCAUGAGUGGCGCUAUUGUCAACGUUCCCCAGCCUCAGGCUCCUUACAACGCUUCCAAGGCCGCUGUCCGUCACCUCGGCCGCUCGCUGGCAGUCGAGUGGGCCCACGCUAACAUCAGAGUCAACGUCAUUGAGCCUGGUUACAUGCUCACUGCUUUGACCGAGAAGAUCUUGAACGAAAACCCCGAUCUAGGUAACAAGUGGACGAGUUUGAUUCCUCAAGGCAAGAUGGGCCGCCCCGUUGAUCUGAUGGGUCCUGUUGUUUUCCUCUGCAGUGACGCCUCUAAUUAUGUCACUGGAGCCGAUCUGCGCGUUGACGGUGGUUACACCUGCACUUAA